UGUGUGUGUGUCUGUAUGUGUGUCUGUGUGUGUGUGUGUGUGUGUGUGUGUGUGUGUGUGUGUGUGUGUGUGUGUGUGUGUGUGUGUGUGUGUGUCUGUUAUUGUAGCAGCAUCAGUGUGAAGAAGAAACUCGUAUGAAGCGUCUUUGUUUUCCUUUGAGGGGUGACCACAACCUGCUGACCCCUGACAUGCAUUCUGGGUCGGGGGGCGGGGCCUCGCUGCCUGGACACAUGAGCAACCUGUCCACUGGGUGGCGCCGGUCAGCGUCUCCAACACGCCGCCUACGGUUUGAGGAUGAGACGGAGACGAAGGCGGAGUCUCGUUACCGGGAGCGAGAGCAGGGGACAGGUGUCCAGGUGUCCAAACCGAACCUGAACCAGCUCAACGUGAGAGGAAGACCAGCAAUGGCGCCGAUGAUGUCUGGAGCCCAGCUGGACCGUCGCCUCACUCUGUGUCCACCUGUAGCUAGGGUAAGGGGGCGGGGCCUGAACAGACCCCUCCUCCAUGUGCGGACGGAAAUGCUCAAAGACUCUUACAUCGGCUGCAUCUCACCUGCUGACUCAGGUGAGGGAGGGGGCGUGGCUGUCAGCAUAGUUGAUAAAAGAGGGACAAACCAGGUGACAGCUUCACAAACCCCGCCCACAGUGGAAACACCUGCCAACCCCUAUGCCUUGCACCCAGUGGGCACAUCGCCCCAGCCGCCUACCUGCCAUCAUCAGGAUCAUAACCGUCCCUCUCCUUUAGCCCCCCUAGCUGUGACAUCACUGACAACGUCACAGAAUGGAGGACUUCAUAACACAAUGAUGAGAAACCAGCAAGAGAAGAAGAAAUCCUCUGAUCCGCCGCCUGGCUCCGAACUGAAGAAGAGCAAGGACUGCUUGUCCUCAGCUGAAGACAAAGCCCCGCCCACCUUAGAUAGCCAAGAUGGACACCACAGACAUCCAAUCAGAGAAGAGCUUCACAGUGCUGUUUCACGUCCUGGGCGAUUCAGUAGAGAUGGACCCUCUCGUCUCUCGCUGCAUCACCUUUUGUCCUCGGUCAAACUGAGCAAGACUCGAACCGGCAGCCUUGACCAACUUUCCAGUGACGGCAGGACGUCCUGCAGCUUGUGGAAGAAAUCUCCUUCUACUCAGUCUCUCUGUGGGGCGCUGGGCUGCAAAUGAAGAAGUCGUCAACCCACCGAUGAGCAGUAAAACACCCGCUUAUGUCACCUGACUACCGUCCCACCCAAUCAGAGCUCAGUGUCUGUCCGUCAGUGUCUGAGGUCAGAGGUCAUCGGCCAGCACCGCUCAGGGAGAUCGGUCGGUCGUUCGGGCUGUUCAGGUCUGUUCUGAUGGACGGAUUCUGUUGGAAAGGGCAGAGUGAGCGUCCAAACUGGAAACCAGUGAAACCAGUUUCAUUUGCAGUGCUGAAUGUAACUAAUGGAAUUAUUGGCACCUGAUUUUGUUUUGGACAGUUUUUAGUCAGUUCAGCUUUCUGAGUUAUCAAAAGUCCUGGCUUCUUCCAAACCUUGGACAUGCGCAUUGGAUCCACCAGCUGUUGCUAACGGGUCGGCGGCAGGAGUUAGCCAUGCAGUCGGUGGAUCGCCGGCUCGAUUCCCGGCCCUCGUUGUUUGUGUCCUUGGGCAAAACACUUCACUCACCUGGCCUGCUAGCAUGAAAUGGUAGCUUUGCUUGUCUGUCGCCUUUGCAAUAUAAAGAGCAUUUUCAAUAAAAUUGAUUAUUAUUAAUUGCUGCUUGAUAGUCUGGAGGAGCUGAGUGGGGAAGGAUCAGCUCCCCGCAGCAGGGAUAGC